GCUUGUCUUUGAGUGGCGCCAUGGCGAUAAAAUGGCGCUUAUGGCUAGUCAGUACUACAGCACUGCGGGGAUCAGGAGACCCAUCCUUCGAACUGCAGAUAAUUUGCCCGGAGGAAGGCGAAGAACUUAUAAAUUUCGCCACCGCGUUUGCCGUCUCGGGAGGAAUUUUAGCAGCGUGGAGGCCUUUGCUGGGCUGGAUUGCGCGAUGAACAAACCAAUGCGGAAAGUGGUGGAUCAUCUUGUCUUGCUGAAGAUGAAGGAGGAUUUAACGGAGGAGCAAGAAACGACCAUGCUGGACAAUGUGUACACUCUUCAGUAUCACUUUAGAGGCAUCCUGUGCGUUUCCUUGGGCCGGAUUCUUUCGGAAAAUCAAGAGCGUUGCACGCAUGGCAUCCUCAUGCGUUUUGCCUCGAAAGAUCUCUUGCUGAAAUACAAUGAGCAUCCAACACAUUCCAAAGUAGCCAAGGAGUUCGUGCUUCCAUACUGCAACGGAUUUAUCACUGCAGACUUCGAAGCCGAGGUAGAGGACAGUCUAGAACCUCUCUUCCGUCGUGGUGAGGAAUUUGAGAGCGGCAUCGAGCAUAUCAUUCUACUCAAAGUCAGUGAAAGCGCUUCAGCGGACAGGGUCCAAGAUAUGCUCCAGUCUUUGUGCAAGCUGGCCGAGAUGCUACCCACGGUUCUCGUCCAGCUCACUGCAGGGGUCAUCUUCUCCGCUCAGAAUCAAGGCUACACGCAUGCAAUCGUCGCCAGGCUUCCAUCAGGUAGUAAACUUUUCAAUCCAGCUCGAAGCUCUCAAACGCAAGGGGUGUUCUCUUACAGAGGACGCAUUAGAAGCUUUCAACAAGCACGAAGCUUACGUCUCUGUGUUUUCAGAAAAGGUGAUUCCCAUAUGCAGUCAGAUCCUGUCCACAGAUUAUCGAGUGGAAGCUGUUGGAACUACGAUCCAGCAGUGAAAAGAGAUCGGAAACACGCACGAAGAAAGAAAUUCGCGGUUAGUCCUGGUUGCAUUCAUACUCAUGAUGUGCUCCAUAAACAGGAGAAGAGAUCCUUUCGAGCUCUCGCAAUAUCCAUGCGAUGAGUUUAUGUGUACUCGACUCGGCCGAAUUGGUCGCUAUAAUUGAAGGCUCCUCAGUGCCGCAUUUCAUGAAA